UAUUUUCUCUUUUUCGAAUAAAUAUUAAUUGACCUUGUUUGAGCCAGCUAGUUGCCAUCGGGGUGAAUUGCUUACAUUCAAGACUUCCUGUCGAGUCAUCUACCUUCCCACCACCAACGCAGGAUUGAGCAUGUACAGCCAGCUCGUACUUGACCCUUCCGAAACAGCAAGAGUACCUGGGCAGUCGACAGACCAAACUCUUCAACAAAUCAUUUCCACUCAACCCAAUCCGACCCACCUCGGACACGUUAGACAAUGAUUCGUGGCGAGCGAUUCGAGUUGAACCUCGACGAUGACGGAGAUGACCACGAUACCUCCGCCAAUCGCCAACCACGGCCAGUCAUGCCAGCAGCCUUUGUUGCAGACGUCCUGGAACGCAAAGCCACAGCACCACGACCGCCGCAGGCACCGACGAUGAAGCACAAGACUGGCUUUCCAGAACAUCGUAAACGUCCAACAGGGAGCCGUUUCAAACAGCAGCAGAAUCCAAACACCUCAACAGCCCUCAGAUCAGACGGAAAUUCCUCACCGGCGUCGACAAGCUUCUCCCCAGCAGGCACCGCCCCCCAGCGCGACCACCUCCCCAAGAACACCCAAACCAAGAAUGUGUCGUUCGCCCUCGCCGAUGACAAUGAAUCGUCAAAUAUCACCUCGCCUGACCAAGAACGGGCCCAGAUCGAUCGUGAGAACAAUCAGCGUCUUGCUGCGAUGACGCCCGCCCAGCGCGAAGCUGAGCGCCAGGAACUCAUCGACAGUAUCGGUCCGGCAUUCCUGCAGAAAUUACUCAUGAGGGCAAAUAUCGAUAGUGGAAGUGCGGAGGUCAACCUCGAAACGGAUGUGCCAAUGGCGAAGCAAGCGGAUGAGAGAGGCACAGCUCCCACGGUGGGUGAGGAGGUGACAGGAGAGGAACCAGCAAUUCUCAACGACGACCACAGUAAGGGUGAGAAGCCGACUGUAAUAUCAAAGCCGACGACAGAGCCAGACCCAGCCAUACCCUCCCCGAUACUAAACCGCGACCCAGAACCUGCACAACCAUCCCCUCCAUCACCAUCAUCAUCAUCAGCAGCCAAGAAGACCAAACCCCAGGACGAUGACCACCACGAAGAUGACAUCAACGACGACGGAUCCUCCACCCUCCCACCAAUCCACUUCCCUCAACCCAGCCAACCGCCGCCCCUCGACCCUUCCUCCCCAUCCUUCCAAUCCGACCUUCACCAAAAGUACUUCGCCCACCUCCCCAGCAACCCGAGCGCGCUCGCCUGGACCCGAUCCCCCUCCACCGAGACCACCAGCUACGACCCCUCAUCGACCCACCUCAGCGCGUCCUCCCUCCGCUUCGACUUCUCCGGCGCACUCCUCCCGCCGCGCCUCGCCGCCUCGCUCCCCGUGACGCUCGGCCUCCACCACCACGCCGACGCCCCCGACGCCGCCGGCUACACGCUCAGCGAGCUCGCGCACCUCUCCCGCUCGAAGUUCGCCGCGCAGAGAUGUCUCGCCUUCCAAACCCUGGGGCGCAUCCUCUGGCGGCUGGGGAAGGGGGAGUUCGGGAACGCCUCGUCCGCGGCCGCGGCGUCCACGGGAGAAGGCGUCGUCCUCGCCGAGGAAGACGACGCCACCCCCGGAGACGCAGAUGCCCCACCGCCGACGCAGCCCGCCGCGCGCCUCAACGACCCCGCCUUCGCCCUCCUCGCCCUCGGCCUCUGGCGCGACGUCGACCGCCUCCAGAUCAUCCCCCUGCUCGCGGCCGAGAGCACCGGCGGCCAAGGCAGCGUCGAUGGCGGGAGACACGUCAGCGCCAAGGCCUACGCCACCGAGGCGCUGUGGCUGUGGAGGCGGAGCGGAGGGAGGCGGUGGAAGGCUGCUUGAUGGAUGGAUGGAUGGAUGGAUGGAUGGAUGGCGGAUACGUUCGUUCGUCCGUCCCCGGCCGCUUUCUCCGGUCUAGGAAUGGAAUGGAAUGGAAAGGAAAGGAAAGGAAAGGAAAGGA